AGUAUAACUGGAAUAAUACAUGUUAAUUGAGUGAACAAAUAAAAAAUCAAGACAACUUGGCAUUUGACUUAAGACAGUUGACGUAGUUGACGUUUGCUGUAAGUUGCAAGCCAAAAUACCCAUGGAAAAGCUAAUUGCUAUUCAAAAUGAAGAACAGCUGGAUGAGCAGCGGUUGAAAGAGACCAUAAUCCAUCGCGAUCGUAUACUGAAACUCGUAGGGGAAAUUGCUACCAGCCUGGAAAACGUGCGCGAUCAUGAGCACAAAAUUAAGGUUACAAAGGAGCUGCUGUUCCAGUCGAGAACCGAUGUAACCAUGCUAACAAAGCAGCUGCAGGAAAUUGACCAGUGGCUAUGGUCCAAGCUUGACAACGUGCUGAAGGACGAAGAACAGCUGAAGAAGAACAAAGUAUCGUUCAACCAGUCCAUUCGCGAAAAGAUAGAAGAACUGAAGCAAUUUUCAACUCAACGAAACGUGGAAGCCGUAAACCAUGAAGUAACAGACACUCAAAGGGUUGUGUGGAAGCUCCAAGGUGAGAACGAUGCUUUGGCGUUAAUAAAACAAUUCCAAAUCAGCAAGAUUCAGGAGAUUGAUCGCGUUACUGAAACUGUCCCAGACUUAAAAGAAAAGAGUUAGAAAAAACCAAGUUUUAGUCUCAUUCACUUUGCUAGCUUGUCUGCAACAGCAGUCUCACCUGCGUGGGAUAUUUGGUGGGAUCUUGUCCCCGAGGCCGGCAGUCAUUAAUCAGGAACAUCAUCAGAAUACCCGCGGUUGCUGUUACUGCUGCAACCACGCACGCCUCAAUCACUUUAAGCCCAGGUUGUCGAACAUACCUGCAAGAAAAUUGGUUAACAAACCAUCUAUUUCUACUUCUACUCUGGGUGCUCGCUCACCGCAUUCGGAAUACCGUGAUUUUAUAAUUGAUGUGAUUCCAAAGGGCGCCCAGCAAACCCCCAAAGGCGCCCAUGAUAAUGAAGAAGGGAAUUUCGAACAUCUGGUAAGU